AUGCCUGUCCUCGAAACGGUCAACAUCCAAACAAGGGAGUAUUUUGGCCCAUCGGGACUCUCGAUUCAUAACUACGGUGCGCCUUUGGACCUGAAUCUACCAAAGCUACACUCAGUGGGCGAUAUGCUCGAUCUCCAGGGUGCAAUAUCCAGUCUUUCUCUGGACUCCCUACAAUCAACCCAGGGUAACAUCACAGUCGAGUCCUCAUCCCCUCUAGACGUCAACUUCACAAGCUUAUAUUCCGCGGAGACCAUCCAGCUGAAUGGAAGCAUCAAAAGCGCCGGGUUUCCCUCCCUCACCCAGGUCACUCGCGUCACAAUCAACACCACCAACCCCAUAGACUGCAGUCCCUUCCAGAGCGCCAUCAAGAAAGCAGCCCCGAGUUCCAACUCCAGCUGCAACGGGACAGGAGUGACAGGCACAAGCGGGCAUUGGUUGACCACUCGCGCGAAGGCUGGGAUAGCGGUGGGAGUGAGUAUCGCCGGCAUUGUGAUUGUGGGGUUAAUCAUCUGGUAUGAGCAAAGGAUGGCGAGGAAUUAUAAAGAGAGAGCGGGGUUCUACUGGGGGUCGCAGAUUCCUCUGCAGGAGAGGACGAGGAGGAGAAGUGCGCCGGAGAAUGAUCCACCGCCACCGUAUUCGUUCCAUCCGCCUGCUGGCUGA